AGACACACACCCCAAGACACUCAAGCAACCUCACACCAACCCAAACCACACCAACCCAACCUCACACCAAACCAACCCAACCACCAACAUGUCUGCACCAAACGCUGACAAGCCAAACGAGGGCAUCGUCGGCCAGCUCGGCAACUCCAUCCAGAACGCCGCCAACUACGUCUCUGAGACUGUCCAGGGCAAGUCCAAGGAGGCCAGCAAGGAGGCCAACAAGGAGCAGGCCAAGGGCAACACACCAAACAACACCAUCGGCGACCGCAUCUCUGGUGCCGCCGGUGCCGUUGGCGACAAGCUCGACCAGACCAAGCAUGAGACUUCUGCUAAGGCAAACAAGGAGUCCAUCUAAGGGCGUGCAAUUGAGUACACCUGAGCAUGGAACCUGAGCAUGGAAUGACAUGACCUUUGUCACGAUGGGAUUAUGAGUUUUACGGCAGACUUCUUUCCGUCCUAGGAGACGACGAGUUGUUAAAUACCCCAGAAUCAAAUUGCUUCCUGUGAAUU